AUGGCCCCUCCGGGCCCGGCCGGCGCCCACCCCGCCUCCGCCGAGCCGCUGUCCCGCAGCAUCUUCCGGAAGUUCUUGCUCAUGCUCUGCUCCCUGCUCACGUCCCUGUACGUCUUCUACUGCUUGGCUGAGCGCUGCCAGAGCCUGGCGGGCCCGGCGGUGCGGCCGUCGGGCGGCGGCGACGAGGCAGGGGCCCCGGGACGCGGGGCCCUGGCGGGAGGCCCCAGGAACCUGGCGGUGUGGCCGGCGGCGGCGCACAGGAAGCGCCUCCUGCAGCUGCGGCAGUGGCGGGGACGCCGGCCGCCCGCGCAGCGCGACGACGGCGAGGAGGCGGCCUGGGAAGAGGAGCCCCCCGGGCUGGCCGGAGGUCCCGGCGGCUCCGGGGCCGGGAGCAGCGUGGCCGAGGCCCCGCCGGGGACGCUGGCCCUGCUGCUGGACGAAGGCAGCAAGCAGCUGCCGCAGGCCAUCAUCAUCGGCGUGAAGAAGGGCGGCACGCGGGCGCUGCUCGAGUUCCUGCGCGUGCACCCCGACGUGCGCGCCGUGGGCGCCGAGCCCCACUUCUUCGACCGCAGCUACGACAAGGGCCUCGCCUGGUACCGGGACCUGAUGCCGAGGACCCUGGAGGGCCAGAUCACCAUGGAGAAGACCCCCAGUUACUUCGUCACCCGCGAAGCGCCCGCGCGCAUCUCGGCCAUGUCCAAGGACACCAAGCUCAUCGUGGUGGUGCGGGACCCGGUGACGCGCGCCAUCUCGGACUACACGCAGACGCUGUCCAAGCGGCCCGACAUCCCCACCUUCGAGAGCCUGACGUUCAAGAACCGCACGACGGGCCUCAUCGACACGUCGUGGAGCGCCAUCCAGAUCGGCAUCUACGCCAAGCACCUGGAGCACUGGCUGCGCCACUUCCCCAUCGGCCAGAUGCUCUUCGUGAGCGGCGAGCGGCUCAUCAGCGACCCGGCCGGCGAGCUGGGCCGCGUGCAGGACUUCCUGGGCCUCAAGAGGAUCAUCACGGACAAGCACUUCUACUUCAACAAGACCAAGGGCUUCCCCUGCCUCAAGAAGGCCGAGGGCAGCAGCAAGCCCCACUGCCUGGGCAAGACCAAGGGCAGGACCCACCCCGAGAUCGACCGCGAGGUGGUGCGCAGGCUGCGUGAGUUCUACCGGCCGUUCAACCUGAAGUUCUACCAGAUGACCGGCCAGGACUUCGGCUGGGAUGGAUAACCGUCUAAUUUAAAAAGAAAAAAGAAUAUCAAAGUAUAAUAUAUUUUUUUACCAAUCGGUAGAGGAAAGGCAGUUUAAUAUUUGUGCUGAAAAUGUUUGUUUCAGUAUUUUUUUGUUUUUUGUUUUUUUUCCCCAAUGAAUGUUAAGAGUGUUCUCACCUCUGCCCCCAUCUUUGUGGAUCACGGGCACGGAACAUUUGGAUAAACAAAAAAGGAAAACCUCACAUAUCGAAAUACUUGCAAUUUUUGAUUUCUGUUUUAUGUUUUAUAUGCACAGUUCUAGACUCUGAGCGUCGGUCGCGGUGAAAACUUUCAAAGAAGUCCUAAGGGUAAAUCUGUCUCUGUUUCUGUCUCUGCUUCUCUCUUUCUGUCUCUUUUCACAGGUCCCGGAUAAAACUCUCUCUCUUUAUAUUUCCUCCCUUUUCGUUUUUCCUUUUCUCGAAAACCAUUUCCCAGUUAAUAAUACUGCACGUUUGCCCACCAUCUCACAGUUAACCACCGUGUUUUCAAAUAAAACACCUUCUUCCAUCUUUAUGCGAUGCGGUAGAAGAACGUAGCAGAGAUGAUGAUCCCCAUUUUACAGAUAAGGAAACUGAGUCUCAGGGAGGUUAGGCAAAAAAAAAAAACCCAUCAUCCACUUGUUCCCUUUCCCAUGCCCCUUUUUUCAGAGAGAAUGAGAAGUAACACAGCUCUACUUUUAGAAACGGUUCACUAGUUUGGGGAUGAUUGGAGACAGGACAGAGAGGGUUUCCUGUUGCCUUCGAAAGUUCCUGGCCAGCCCUAUGACGCUCUGUCAUGAGGAGUCACCAGGGUUCAAGGACACCUGGGCACAGUAUCUUUUAAGAGCCAGUCUUGGCAAGUUGAAAUGCCCUGAGGUUGGAACUCUCGGCUUGAUUGAGGCUCAGAGAAAUUACUGGAUUCUUAUUUGGAGAACGAGAUGGACAAUCACACUAGGAACAGGACAAAAAGUAUUAGGAACAGAACGUAGUUGCGGUUUUGACUUUUUUUUUUUUUUUUUUUUUAAGAAAAACCCACUUCAGUAAGGGCUUACUGAAUGAAUCUCAUUUUCCUUUACCUUUUUUUUUUUUAACCUCUUUUUUUAACAAAGAAAAUCUGCUUCUCUUUGUAAUAUCUCAUUUCUCAUCUUGGAGCUAAUACUAAAAAGAUAAAUAAAUGUUAUUAUUUUUCAUGGGCGGAGGACUGUCACUUUGUCACUUUACUUUUCCCCACUUCCUGUUCACACCAAGAAUAACGGAAUAUUCAUGAAUAUUUGGAAAAUAUUCUAAGAAAUACAGAUGUGAGUAAAAUGGAGGUUUUUCUUUUCCCUUCUAGUUCUCUCAUUCCCCAUUUAAAUAGCUCGAAUAAAUCAAUAGUUUAUUAACAGUAUUCCUUUCCUCUCUGAGUGGGCAUUAACAAGAUUAGCAUUAAUGGGAAUUAAAUUGGUUUAGAGAGAAGCACAUAUGCACAAAAUAUAUAAAACAUUUAUAAUUAGUCUGUCAGCAACAUUUUAUUACAGGUUUAAACCCAAGAGGAAAAUGUCUCCUAUCUCGUGGAAGUUUUCCAUAUCUGCUGAAAAUUUAAAGGCGCAGACACUAUGGUAUUCUUAAGUAAUUAUUCUUUAUUUCUCCAGCGUUGUCAGUCCAAGGAAACUAAAGUUGCUGGAAAACACGCAGAGUGCAAAUGUGCAUCAACCCUAAAAGCUGCAUCAGGUGAAAUAAAUCUUCCUGAAAGGGCUAACACGGAUUAAAAUGCAGGGAAAAAGGGGAAAAAUUUCUUAAGUGUCUAGAUAUUCCAACAUUGCUCCAAACCUUUGAAUUUCUGUGUGAUUAUUCCAUUUAUGAGAAAAAUAAUUCCCAGGUCUCCUUUGCCCAGUAGAUUUUCUUCCCUUCUGGUGCCCUUAGUUUUCUAAUGCAACACCCUGUUCUCACUGUACUUAAAUCAUCACUUCUAGAAACAAGAUACGCCUCUUAAACUUUUUCCAUUUUUUUCUCUUAACUCAUUUUGUUUGUGCCUCUGAUCCUUUUGUAAGCAUUUGCUUGGCAAUACGCAGACAAGGCUUGCACAAGGAAAGGAGUGCAUCUAACAAUUGUAUUGGGCAAUCUUCCUCUUUCUGUGUGAAGAAAUAAUAAAAGAACAGAAUUGAGUUCAAAGCA